UGUGUGUUUCUCAGUGCAGGGAAUGAAGUAAGGUUUUUUAGUUUAUUGGUUAAAAUCUUAAGGUUAACAAAUUUGAUAUGUUUCCUUUCUUCGUCCCUCCAAUCUCCACCCUUCCUCCUGCAGUAAUCACAUAAUUUGAUAACAUAUUUUGCUGACUCAAAGUCGACUUAUUGCUCCAGCAGGACAAAGUGCAGUGAGCUCCCAUCGUGUGUUAGUGUCAUUAAGGUAAAGGGAAAGAUUGAAUGAGCUACUUUAGGUAAAGUUUUGACAGAGAGCUGCAUCUCAACCUGCAACCAAGUUGAGCUCCUGUUGGACUCCAGCUGUCCUGCAACAUGUGGCUGUGGGCAAUGCUCCCUAUCUCUCUGGCUGUCUUCGGCACUUCAGGGAUUUGGACUGUGUUUGCUCUAUCUGUAAGAAAUGGAUCAGUCAACCUCACAGAAGGAUUCCCUUACAUCAGUUACUGUGGCACCCACAACCCUCAGAGCUGUCUCUUCGCCCAGAUCUGCAACAUCUGCGCUGUUUUAGCCCUGUGGAUCGUGGUGAUCCGUUUCCAGCAGAUUAAGGACUACGGUCAGCAUGGAAAGGCCAACAUAGCCAGCAUUGUUUUGGGAUUCAUCUCUGCCACAGCAAUCUCCAUCCUUGGCAACUUCCAGCAAUCAGUCGUAAGGAGUGUUCACCUGUUUGGAGCGUUCGUGGCUUUCUUUGUCGGCCUGGCCUACUUCUGGGUGCAGCUGUUUCUAACCUACAGGGCUCAGCCGUCUCAGGGCCGAUUCUGGGUCGGGCCUGUCAGGGCAACCUGCUGCACCCUCUGUACCAGCCUGGUCAUCGCUAUGACUGUUCUCGCCAAUACAGGCUAUGUCUCUGGGGCUGCUGUGUGCGAAUGGGCCCUGGUCAUGGUAUUCUUCUUCCUGUUUGGACUUUUUGCAGCUGAGUUCAGACACAUCGACUGCCACCACCUCACCAUACAGAAACAGGCUCUUGGGAGCAGCCCUGCCUUAAUAGAAGUGAACAAUUAUGUUGUUAAUACAGUUAGCUGAAAACACACAUGUAAAAUGACAUACAAGUAGUUAUAAAAAUAAUCUAAUCUAAGCCGUCUUGCCUUUCCAUGAUCAACACGAGGAUAGUGCAGAACAUGUUUCUUUAAAAUGAUAAUCUGACUAUUGUUUUAACGACUAUCUGAUUACAGACAACCGCAGCAUAUGCACGUGCUUCAUACAGUAACCCAGCGUUUCCUAUACAUUGAUUUAUUUAAUCUUAUUUAAUUUGUACAGUUGCGUGCAGCAUGUUCAUUCAGCCUCAUUUCCCCACUCUCUGUGUUUAAUAGACCACAAAUGACACAAGAAUUGGCUAAUUAGCCACCCAACCGUCCCUCUGCCUCACCCCCUGCCGCUGUUGACUGCCUCUUUUUGGGGGGAGGUGUCAGGGCCGUCCAGUCGCCCUGAGCUGGGGUUUGCGUUGGCUGGAUUCGGGUUGCUGUGGCCACCUACUAGGGGGCUGUCUCAGGAGCUUCUGCCAGGUCUCCUCCCACAAGGUGGUCUGCAGCAGCAAGCAGUGAGAUGGAGGACACACUAUGAUUCAAGGCUCUUGCUAAUGUUAGCUACAUAAACAUGAACUUGAAGCUGCAGCCUUGAGCCUUGAGCUCUGGUUAGCAGAAGGCUAAACUAUUAGCAAUAUUUCUCUCCAUCUCUGAAACGCUUCACCAAUAUUGACAGUUGUUUUAUUUUGUUUAUUAUCAGACUCUCUUUUAGACUCUUUUUAAUAAGCCCGUCUUCCUUUUUUAGGUUGCUUUGCAGUGCAGGCAGUUGUUGCUAGUGCUGGAAUAACAACUUUCUCUGCAGGGUUCUCCGCCGUUGAAUCAGACUUUCACUGAUGGGGCAUGAGAUGAGAUAAACCUUUAUUUGUCCCACAGCAAGCAAUAUAUAAGUAUGUAAAAUAAGUGAACUGUGCAAAAACAAGGAGCAGUAUAAUAAGCAAAAAGUAUAAAAACACAAAGCAAUAUAAUAAGGAAAUCAUUGAUGGAAGUAUAGAUAUUGCACUACUGAUACUGUGCUCUAAAAAUAGUGGAAGCUGUGUGUAAUUGGACUGAGAUCAUAAAACUUGUCUUGGCCUAUACUGCAAUAAAUGUAUAUUACCACAUGGGGGCACCAUUUGCCUGUCAAUCCUAUUGACUGUCUCUUCAAUAAUCCCUCUUUACAAUGGAACUAUAUAGAAACAAUUCAUUCGCAGAUUAAUCACUUGUGCAUAUAUUGUUAUUUGUUCCCCAUAAACCCCUUCAUCCCUCUCUCAGUAUGGUAUUCUAUGCUCCAGAUAGAAGUCUUAAUUUUUAGAAUCUGACAUGAGCUCAUGAUUUGUGCAUUGAGAGUGAAUACCAGGAAAAGUCUGGUCUUUUUCUGCCUCACUCUCCACCUGUCAGCUGGGUAAUACAAUAGAGGAAGGCGAAUAGAAAAGGAGGAUGGAGGUGUGCAGGAAAAGUUUUGUUAGCAUGAGAAAAAAGAGUCCUAAUGACAUAAUACAUGAUGAGAACUGUAACCCACUAUGUGAUAUAUAUAUAGGCUUUUAUUUUGAAGGAUUUUGCUGAAGUUACUAAUGAAAGCUCAGAGGCAAAAAUGCAUGUACUCCAUCCUUCACAGCCUCAGCACUGACCAGCAGGGGCGCUGUGGAGUGAUGCUGGCUGAUGAUGGGAAAAUAGAGCUGUGGCGCCGUGCCAGCAUGUUUUUGGAAGAUGCCUCUAGUUUAGACAGAGGUUCUACAUUCAGCACAAUUUGUCAGGGCUAUUUGAGAUGGACAAAACAAUGGAGCUCUCACAGCCAUGCCGAUAGUGGGAGAGGUCCUACUCUUGGCUCCGGCUCUCAAACUAUUUCUCUCAUCCAGCUUCUCUGUUUAUUUAAACAUAUUGUCCUGGGGUCUGUUGGCACUGCCUUUUUAUACGUACUUUGUGAUCAAAUUUUCACUUUUGUUUGUGUCUUUUAUUGAUGUUAUUAAAAAAAAACCCACCAAGGGCUUGUGAAGCUUGAGCUGGGAAUACUGGGCCCCCAGUGUCCUGCUAUGUCCCGGCAGC